GUUGUUUAUUUUCCCGAGAAUCGAACACUACAAAUACAAAUAUCGUACAAACCUGAAAACUCGUCUCCUUCCUCCUUUCCUGGUUCCCCUGAGUCUCUCUCCCCCUAUCUGAACGGUUUGUAGCUCUUGGAUAUGGGUUUCAGUGCGGUUUAUGGUUGCUUAAAGGAAGUUUUUCCACAGGUGGAUUUUCGCCUUCUGAGGGCUGUUGCUAUUGAACAUCCCACCGAUGCUGAUGCAGCAGUGCUUGAUGUUCUUACUGAGCUCCCUUCCUUGAACAGACGAUCAUUGUCUCUUGUUAGUCCUGCACAGGUUCUGCAUCGCACAGGUUCACCAGUUACAGUUGACCACAAGGAGAAGGGUAAAGCAUUGAUGUACCAGCAGGUAAUUAAGGAAGUAGGAGUUGGAUCUCUACCAGAACCAGAAACCGCAGCUGGUGAGGAUGGCAACAAAAAUGAUCAUACAAGUGGUGCCUCUCUUGAUGAACCCACACCAAUGGAGGAAGUGCAUACAUUGCAUAAUGCCCCUGUCACGGCAGAUCCUUUGAGGAUACAUACUCGAAAUGAAGAACCGAUUUCUGAUGAAACGGGUUUGAAUUUUGAUGGCAAAGUUGGGCUUCAGCAGUCUCCAUCUUGCAAGUCAACCCUUUCAAUGCCUGAAAAAGAUUGGGUGAAUGGCAUCUUGGAUGAGCCACUUCCUGCAUGGAAGAAUUUUGAUUUUCCUGUGCAUGAUGAUUCUGAUUUGGUUAUCAGUGAAACAUGUCAUAAAGUAGAAUCAUCUGCUGUUGACUCUUUGGUGGAGGUUAAAAGUUCUGUGGCUCAGCUGGAUUCUUCUUUUAUAGAACAUGCACCGGAUGCUACACAGUGUGACUUUCAUUCAGAAUUCUGUUCAGGCCCUCUUCUUGCUGAUGACAACUUACAAGCAACUGGUACUUCAUGUCUUACUUCCAAGCAAGAUUGCUCUCCCAGGGAAAUGGUUGAUAUUGAGGAGACCACACCAAACAACAUAUGCAAUAUUUAUGUUCUUGAAGAGAUAAUUGAAGAUGCUAAAAAUAACAAGAAAACCUUGUUUUCAGCGAUGGAGUCAGUUAUAAGCAUGAUGAGAGAAGUGGAAGUCCAAGAGAAAGCUGUUGAUAUUGUCAAAGAGGAAGCUUCUAGGGGAGGUUUGGAUAUCAUGGUCAAGGUGGAGGAACUGAAACAGAUGUUGGCACAUGCGAAGGAUGCAAAUGACAUGCAUGCUGGAGAAGUGUAUGGGGAGAAAGCAAUUUUAGCAACUGAAGUGAGGGAGCUCGAGUCUAGAUUGCUCAGCUUAUCAGAUGAAAGGGAUAAAUCACUUGCAAUUCUGAAUGAGAUGCGUGAAACUCUUGAGGAACGACUGGAUGCAGCAACUGAGGCAAGGAAAGUGGCUGAGCAGGACAAGCUAGAAAAGGAAGAAUCUGCACGGACAGCUCUUGCUGAACAAGAAGCGGAGAUGGAGAAAGUGGUCCAGGAGUCAAAAGUAUUGCAACAGGAGGCGGAGGAGAAUUCCAAGUUGCGGGAGUUUCUGAUGGACCGUGGUCGCAUUGUCGAUAUGCUGCAAGGAGAAAUUUCUGUUAUUUGUCUGGAUGUCAGGCUGCUGAAAGAAAAAUUUGAUGAACGGGUUCCACUAAGCCAGUCUGUUUCCUCAAGCCAGACUAGUUGCAUCUUAGCUUCUUCAGGCUCAUCAUCCCUGAAAAGCUUGGGGGCAUUUGAUUUGCUUCUGGAACGAGUCGAGUCACCAAAGUUUGCAGAGAAGGCAAGUCCUACUCCUUCAGUUGAUGGCCUAUCACCAACAAGCAGACUUGAAGAUGAAAGAAGAGAACUUGCGCAAGCACUUGUGGACGAGGGGUGGGAAGUUGUCGUCGACAAAUAACUGGAUUUCUAAGCCUACUAUUGCAUACAUUAUGGUAUUGUGAAUACGACCAACAAGAUCAACUUCGCAGGAUUUUCGCCAAAUGCAUUUUUGUUUAAGUUGAGAGUAGGGUUUAUACAUAUAUAUAAUAUAAUAUAUUUGGAGUGUUAUUAGUAGUUCCAUAGGGUUGAGGAGUACUAGUCGAGCCUCUCUCUUUCCGCAUACUACUUUGAUAGUUGCGAGUACUUUCUAUAUUCUAUCAUGAUUUGUACAGUACAUAUAUUCGAAACAAUAAUGAAAACUUGCAGAGUUUUGAAGAUAUUAUU